UAAGAACAAAAUAAUGAGAAAACAUGAAUUUAUGAAUGAUGAAAUCAGAAAACAAUGGUUUGCUAAUUGCAGAUCUAUCUAAGAAUAUGAAAGGCUAGAUAAACUUGGAGAAGGAACGUAAUACAUAUUUAAUUUAUUUAAGUUAUGGUACUGUAUAUGCUGCAAAAGAUAAAAAGAAAAAUUAAGUUGUUGCCAUAAAAAAAGUGAAAAUUCAUGAUAGUAAUGAAGGAUUUCCAAUUACUUGUUUAAGAGAAAUAAAAAUUCUUUAAAGAUUAGCAGCUCAUCCAAAUGUUGUCAAUUUAUUAGUAAUUUUAAUUACUAAUUAUAAGGAAGUUGCUGUAGGACCAAUAAAAGAUAGUAUUCAUCUUGUAUUUGAAUAUUGUGCAAUAGAUUUAGCUAUUUUAGUAGAUAAUAUGUUUAUAGGUAUAAUUUAUAUGAAUAAAUAGAAAACUAUUCAUUUCGUGAAAAUGAAAUCAAAUGCAUAGUUCUUUAAUUAUUAAAUGGACUUGCUUAUAUCAAUUCUAAUUUCAUUUUACAUAGAGAUAUUAAACUUUCCAAUCUCUUAUUGACUAAUGAUGGAAUUGUUAAAAUUGCUGAUUUUGGACUUGCAAGAGAAUAUGGUAUUAAAUGUAUAUAAAUGUUAGAAAUUCCAUAAAAAAAAUAUACGAAUCCAGUUGUUACUCUUUGGUAUAGAGCACCUGAACUUUUAUGUUAAAUGAAUAAUUAUAAUACUGCCAUAGAUAUAUGGUCAGUUGGUUGUGUUUUUGCAGAAUUAAUCAAUAGAGGUUUCCCAAUUCUCUAAGUAAUUCUAAAUUUAUAUAAAUAGGGUAAAUCUGAAGUUCAUUAAUUAUAAUUAAUGUGUGAAAUGUUAGGAUAUCCUUCACCUGCUAUUUGGCCAGAUUUACACAAAAAUGCCAAUAAAUAAAUAUUGAAGGAAUUAGAAAAGUUUCAACAUUGUAGACCUAAUCUUUAAAAUGUUAUUAAAGAUGCAUCUCCUUAAGCUUUAGAAUUAAUAUCAAGAAUGUUAACUUGGGAUCCAGAAGUAAAUUCAAUCUCUAAUAUAAUAGAAACGUAUUGGAAUUAUGGAAAGUUUAUUACACGAGUAUUUUUAUACAAACCCAAGACCAUCAAUGCCAGAAGAAUUAUCUAUCUUGAGAUAAUUAGAUUAAUUUAAAAAGAAAAAUGCUGAUCGUGCCGAAAAGAAAAUUAAAAUUAAAUGA